AUGGACUUUGAUCCAAACGCCCUGGUUCUCAGACCUGAACGCCAAAGUCCAGCCAGACGCCUAAACCGCCCUUGAGAAGGAACCUAAAAGGAGAUGACCCUGAGAUGCAGGGAAGGUGUACGAGCACCGCCCAGGACCUGGUGGAGUGCGGGCGAGUAGCCGGUAAAGAGUGUUUCUAGGGCGGAGCUUGGGGGUGGAGAGGCCGGGAGUGUUGGGGCCGUCCCCCCCCCUCCGCCCCCGCUCCCCUCCAGGGGGAAGGGGCGUGUGCCAGCGCACGCGCGCUCCCUUGAAGCAGCAGUCUCGGAGACAGAACGAGAGGCCCCAGUUUUUCGGAAGCGAGUAGCAGUGCUGACUGCGAACAGCUGGGGCCAGAAGGCGCCGAGACCAAGAAGAGGGUACCAUGGCUACCCUCCUGCUGCUGCUUCUGUUGCUGCUGUUGCCGCUACUGCUGCACCUCUGGCCUCAGUGGCGCUGGCUGGCAGCAGACUUGGCCUUCACGGUGCGCGCCCUACGCUGCAAACGCGCGCUCCGAGCACGCGCCCUGGCCGCGGCCACAGCCGACCCGCAGGGUCCGGAGGGGGGUUGCAGCCUGGCCUGGCGCCUCGCACAACUGGCUCGCCAGCGGCCGGCGCACACCUUCCUCAUCCACGGCGCGCAGUGCUUCAGCUAUGCUGAGGCCGAGCGCCAGAGCAAUCGGGCGGCACGCGCCUUCCUGCGCGCACGGGGCUGGGAAGGGGUCAGCGGCUACGCUUCAAGGGGCGCCCGGGAGGGCCAGGGAGCAGCCGGAAGCGGGGAGGGGCAGGCCGCGAGGGAUGGGAAUGGCGCGGCCCCUCUGGCACCCGGAGCCACCGUGGCGCUGCUCCUUCCUGCCUCCCCGGAGUUCUUGUGGCUUUGGUUCGGGCUAGCCAAGGCCGGUCUGCGUACGGCCUUUGUGCCCACCGCCCUGCGCCGGGGACCCCUACUGCACUGCCUCCGCAGCUGCGGCGCGAGCGCGCUGGUGCUGGCGCCAGAGUUCCUGGAGUCCCUGGAGCCUGACCUGCCGGCCCUGAGAGCCAUGGGGCUCCACCUGUGGGCUGCAGGGCCUGAAACCCAUUCUGCUGGAAUCAGCGAUUUGCUGGCUGAGGUCUCGGCUGAAUUGGAUGGGCCUGUGCCUGGGUACCUAUCUGCUCCCCAGAGCAUAAUGGACACGUGUCUGUACAUCUUCACCUCUGGCACUACUGGCCUCCCCAAGGCUGCUCGGAUCAGUCACCUGAAGGUCCUGCAGUGCCAGGGGUUCUACCAGCUGUGUGGUGCCCACCAGGAGGACGUGAUCUACCUGGCCCUCCCACUCUACCACAUGUCCGGCUCCCUGCUGGGCAUUGUGGGCUGUUUGGGCAUUGGGGCCACAGUGGUGCUGAAGUCCAAGUUCUCAGCUGGUCAGUUCUGGGAGGACUGCCAGAAACACAGGGUGACCGUGUUCCAGUACAUCGGGGAAUUAUGUCGAUAUCUUGUCAACCAGCCCCCGAGUCAGGCAGAACGUGGACAUAAGGUCCGGCUGGCAGUGGGCAGCGGGCUGCGCCUGGACACCUGGGAGCGUUUUGUGCGGCGCUUCGGGCCCCUGCAGGUGCUGGAGACGUAUGGGCUGACAGAGGGCAACGUGGCCACUUUCAACUACACAGGACAGCGAGGUGCUGUGGGCCGAGCUUCCUGGCUUUACAAGCGUGUCUUCCCCUUCUCUUUGAUUCGCUUCGAUGUCACCACGGGGGAGCCACUUCGGGACACCCGUGGGCACUGUGUGGCCACAUCUCCAGGUGAACCAGGGCUGCUGGUGACACCAGUGAGCCAGCAGUCCCCGUUCUUGGGCUACGCCGGGGACCCAGAGCUGGCCAAGGGAAAGCUGCUCAAGGAUGUCUUCCGGCCUGGGGAUGUUUUCUUCAACACUGGGGACCUGCUGGUCUGCGAUGACCAAGGCUUCCUCCGCUUCCAUGAUCGCACUGGGGACACCUUCAGGUGGAAGGGGGAGAAUGUGGCCACGACAGAGGUGGCAGAGGCCUUGGAGGCCCUGGACUUCCUCCAGGAGGUGAACGUCUACGGCGUCACCGUGCCAGGACACGAAGGCAGGGCUGGGAUGGCAGCCCUGGUUCUGCGUCCCCCCCACUCGUUGGACCUCGUGCAGCUCUACGCCCAUGUUUCCGAGAACUUGCCGCCUUAUGCCUGGCCCCGGUUCCUCAGGCUCCAGGAGUCUCUGGCCACCACAGAGACCUUCAAGCAGCAGAAGGUCCGGAUGGCGAAGGAGGGCUUUGACCCGAGCACACUGUCCGACCCGCUGUACAUUCUAGACCAGGCGGGGGGCGCCUACCUGCCCCUCACGCCUGCCCGGUAUGGAGCCCUCCUGGCCGGGGACCUUCGGAUCUGAGAGCCCUCCACCGCAGCUGCGGGAGGGGCUGUGUGGGGCGGGGGCGCUGAAGGUGUCCAGGGGCUGCCGGGAUCUUUUCUACGCUACAUUUGUAAUCACGGUUUUGUAAUAAAUGUGGCCAGAGCCAGUUCGGCUGUCUUUCUCA